AAACUUGUACUAAGACAUAAAGAAAAGACACUAUUUUUACUCUCCCUCUUCGCUUAUACAUAGAGAAACUUUCGUUUCUUUAUUAUUCCCUCUCCUCUCUCUAUCUCUCUCUCCCUUUUGGUCUCGCAAAUUCACACUAGUACACCCAUGAAAACUUAGCUCUGCCUUCAACAAGGCUUUGUUUCUCACGUGGGUUUUUUGAACUUUCAAGCUUUUCCAUGGAGCAGAUGGAGUCACUUCAGCUGGAUCAUGAUGGUAACUGCUUCGAAGAAGCAUCAGAUAAGCAGUUACUUCCUCCAGGAUCUCCAGAGGAAAGGGAUAUAUUUGGAGAUCCACAGGUGAAUACCAGAGUUGGCGAUGAUUAUCAAGUGGAAAUACCUUCCUUAAUGACAAAAUUUGAGCAUGCUCAGCUUCUAAUGAACCCUACUGAUUCUGGAGUUACAGUUGAUGUUUCCCACUCCUUUUUGAUGGGUUUACCCAUCCCAAUCAUGUGGGUUCAGGAAGUGAAUAAAAUUGAAGAUGGAACAUGGGAAUUUGUUAGUAAUCAUGAUGAGUCAGGUAACCCAAAUGUGCAAGUCAAAGCAAGAAACAGAAAAAAGAUUCAUCUUAAGUUGAAGAAGAGAUGUACUGUAAAUAGUCUCGAACCCUCAAAUGUGCUUGGAUUGGACCAUGACAAGGAAUCAAGAACUGCAGAUGUUGGAAACAUGGUGGCAGGGAAAACAAGCUUAGUUGGAGUGCAUAAAAGCAAAAGAUAUUACCCAGUUCCAGGUUCAAAAUCUGACCCCUGGAGUGAUGCUGAAGUCAAUGGUUUCCUCCUUGGUUUAUAUAUAUUUGGGAAGAAUUUUAUAUCGAUCAAGAGAUUUAUACAGAACAAAGAGAUGGGGGAAAUGCUUUCAUUCUACUAUGGGGAAUUUUAUAGGUCUGAUCGCUACCGUAGAUGGUCAGACUCCCGGAAGGUUAGAAAUAGGAAAUGUAUAACCGGACGGAAAAUAUUUACAGGAUGGAGGCUACAGGAAUUGUUAUCUCGCUUGCUUCCUCAAGUCCCAGAGGAAUUUCAAAGUACUUUGGUGGAGGGCUCUAAGUCAUUUGCAGAGGGAAGAACUUCACUAGAAGAAUUUGUCUGCUCUUUGAAGUCAACUGUUGGCAUUCACAUUCUUGUGGAAGCUAUAGGCAUUGGCAAGGGGAAGGAAGAUCUCACGGGCCUUGCCAUGGAGCCUGGAAAGACCAAUCACAUAUUUCAAGUUUGUCCUAACCUACCAACCGGCAAAGCUUGCUCCUCUCUUUCAUCCAGUGAAAUACUGAAGUUCCUGACUGGAGGUUUCCGGUUGAGCAAAGCCCGGUGUAAUGAUAUUUUCUGGGAAGCUGUUUGGCCCCGUUUGCUGGCUAAAGGAUGGCAUUCUGAGCAACCUAAGGAUCAGGGUUAUGUGACACUCAGACAUUACCUGGUUUUUCUUAUGCCUGGUGUUAAGAAGUUCUCGAGGAGGAAACUUGUGAAGGGAGACCACUACUUUGAUUCUGUUAGUGAUGUUUUGAGCAAAGUGGCAUCUGAACCAAAACUUCUUGACUUUGAAGCUGAAGAAGCUACAGUCAGGAGCAGCACUGAGGAUGGAUGGGUUCCAGAAGUGACAUCAGACCCAGAUGAUCCAUCCAAUUAUCAGCGCCAUUGUUACCUUAAACCCCGAGUUUCUACUUGCAAUCAGAAUGGUAUGAAGUUCACUGUUGUUGAUACCAGUUCAGUCCAUGGAGGAAAAUCAUCCAAUGUGAGAGAACUGAGAUAUUUACCAAUUGAAUCCAAAAGGACUUCCAAGCUCUUCAAUCGUUUGAAUGAUAAUGAAGGGAAAUUCUUUAAGAAUUCUAUGGAUGGAUAUGAGGUUUCUGCUACAGAUAUGCCAUUGAACAUUGAAAUGAAUAUAAAUAAGCCAAACCACACUGAGGGUACAAUUGGUGAAAAACGUCCAAAUGGCAUGAAGUUCACUGUUGUUGAUACUAGUUUGCUCCAUGGAAAAAAAUCAUCCAAGGUGAGAGAACUUAGAUAUUCACCAGUUGAACUCAAAAGUAAUUCUGAGCUGACCACUUUUUUGAGAGAAACUGAAGGGACCUCAGAAGAUUCACUGGAUGGGCAUGCGCUUGAUGCUGCUAACAUUCUGUUGAACAGUGAUAAGAAUAUUAUAUCCGAUAGUGAUAACACAAACCAAAAGGCAAUCAUUAAUAACUCAGAUACAACUGCAAACAAAAUUAUGGAGAGCCACCAGGAUGAGAAGACCGCUACAUCCGAUGACAGGCAACUGAAGAGGACUAUCAAGCAUCAAUUUAGUCGGCGUGUAAAAUCUGGCCAUUCAAAUUUUGUAGCACCUGUGAUUAAAAGGCGGAAGUUAACUUCUUGUGCUAAUGCCAAGAAAAACUGCAUUGUUGAGGACUUAUCAGAAGACUUGGGUUCAAAGAAAACAGGACUCUCUGUGGCAUUGAACCCACCAGAUGCAGGUAAGAAUGUCAGUUCUCAAGUAGGUUCUCAAGAGAAAGUGCCCUCAAUUAUUUGUGCAGCUAAAAGCAGUCCAGAAGAGGAGAGUGGUGGAGGCAUCCUUAGUGGAAAUUUUACUGGCAUGAAAACAUCCUAUCUGAAAAAUGAGACACAUCAAUCCCUGCCAUCAUUUGACCUGAAUCUACCCCAGGGUUUACAAGAGUCUGAAAAUGGUGAAGCAGUAGUAAUGGAGGUCAAAGACAGGCAGCGUGUAAAUGAAGAUGUUUCAUGCUUUCCAUCUAAGAAAAUUGAGCCAGUUCCUGACACAUUGAAAACCUCUAUUGAUAUGGGUACUGCAGAACAGCAGCCUGAUAUGAACACCAGGAGGCAAGGCACAAGAAACCGACCACCGACCAUUAGAGUAUUGGAAGCUCUUGCACAUGGUUACUUAAAUACCCCCAGGAAGCAAAAGAGUGGAGAAGUUCAGACACGAGAAAAUCCAUUCUCUAAUCAUACCCGCAAGGCCCGAAGCAGAGUCAAAGCAACUUCAACUCGUGGUAACACUAGUACCAAGACCAUGCAAAUGGAAGAAAAGGAGGUGAAAGAAGCCUGUAGUAUUAACAAAGAUGUGGUUAGCCAACCUCUUGAUCAAAUUGAGAGAAGUGGCUCACUAGCUACUAGGGAUUUGACUACCCGUUGUCCUGAAGUUUUGAGGACAAUCAGGUGAGGUGGCGUGCUUCCUAUUUUUACUUGAAAAUGAGUUCUCAGCUGCGCUUAAUUUCUUAAAGGAGCAUUGGAGCAGUCAACUGUCUUUUGUGGAAGGACUUUUGCUAACAGGAGACUGGCACAAUCUGGAGAAAUUGGAGUCUAUUGAAUGCUGUGCCAACCAUGCUAACAGGAGGGUGCAUCUUCAACUGUUUAGUUGCCUCAUUACAUUCAUAUAAAACUAAUCAGUCACUAAUCAUGGUGCACCAGAUCACAGUGCAGACCACCAUUUAAUAAAAAAUUCUGAGGGCUCUUAUAGCUAUUUGCUAUGGCGACUAUGAAGGUUAAUAUGUUAUGCAGUGUAUAUGAAAAUGUUUGGUAGGCUACCAAUUGGUAGAUAUAUUAUUGGUGGUAUUUUUUGGAAUUCAAAUAAGUUGUCUAAAGUUUAAUGAUAAUUAGGGUGCUCUGGGGCAGGCUAUUUAGAUAAGAUCAAGUUGCUUAGAGUGUAAUAAUUGUAGUGGUACCCAAGGCAGAGGUUUAAUGGCACCCUUCACAGUUGCAGUUGCUGUUAGUAGAUACCUUUGCCAAAACAGAGAGUUACUGGGAAAAGCUGCUGAAUCAUCAAAAUAUCAAUUUCUAAUGUGCUAUAGAAGGUUGUUUCAAGGGAUCAUCUUCCAAUCUU